ACAUGUGGGCGCGGGUGGUGCCGGUGCUGUGCGUGCUGGCGGCGGCGCUGCGGGGGGCGCACGCCCACCUGGACGGCGAGAUGGCCGAGCUGGCCAAGAUGCUGCGCGACAACUGCGCGGCCGAGACCGGCGUGGACAUGGCGCUCAUCGACGCGGCCAACGGCGGCGCCGACCUGGCGCCCGACGCGCAGCUCAAGUGCUACAUCAAGUGCGUGAUGGAGACGGCGGGCAUGUUCACGGACGGCGCCGUGGACGUGGAGGCCGUGCUGGCGCUGCUGCCGGAGGACUUCCGCGCGCGCAACGAGGACAACCUGCGCGCCUGCGGCUCCGUGGCCGGCGCCGACGACUGCGACACCGCCUACCGCACGCAGCUGUGCUGGCAGCAGAAGAACCGCAAGGACUACUUCCUCAUCUAGCACGCCUGACACGUUCCACCGUCUCGCUCGCCCUCCCGCUCACUUGGUGCACGAUAGUCUUUUAAGUGUAUGUAACUGUGUUUAUGUUAGUUAAGCGACAAAUAAAUUUUCCAGAGAUUCCAACUUCUAUUUUUUUAUAUGUAUAGAAUAACAUUGAAUAACAACUUUGUUUCAAGAGUGACAUAAACAGGACACACCUACAUCAAUAUUUAAGGAAGAAAACAUAAAUGACAUUCUAUUUAUUUAUUGUAGUUCCAUUCAUUUAAAAUUUACAACUACUUGAGGUCAACUGAUGUAACACUCAUAAUUCAUGUGUACACAGAAAUAAACUGGGGUUUUAUGAUAUACAUAAUAACUUAUUAUGUUGCAUUCUAAGUUUAUUAGCAAUGACAAUCAUCCAACUACUAUUACCUACUCUUUGGACAGAUUGACAUUAUGCCAAAUAUGUGUAACA